GGUUGCGUAUGUUCAUUGUUUGGAUAUUUUAUCAUAAUAUCCGUAGGUAACAUAAUUACAGCGUUACAUACAAAUAAAAUAAUAUCUUAUAAUAUGUAAAUAAAAUCUUACUAUCAUAGAACACGAUGUGGGACGAGAGUAGUGAUUAUAACAGCAAUAACAGAGAUUUCCGGGACUCGGAACUAGAUGACCACGAAGCCGCCUUUAAUGAUUUAAUAGAAGAAUGCAAGCACAAUCCCCCAGGGGCGCGUCUCUCUGCUCGUCUUCGCAAAAUAUUGGAAAGGAUUCGUCCAGAGCACCGUCGUGUUAUAUGCAGUCGCACGCGUGAUGGGUGUGCGCCACUCUUCGUGGCGUGUCGACGCGGCAACGUGGAGUUGGUGGAGUAUCUCGUGUACGUCUGCAACGCCGACCUUGAGCAGCGCGGCGUAUACGAGGUGCCACACGACCGUUCCACGCACUCGGUCACGCCGCUCUGGUGCGCCGCCGUCGCCGGCCGCAUGCAGAUCCUGCGCAUCCUCGCCGACGCGGGCGCCGACAUCGACGCGGGCAGCGACAGCGGUUCGACGCCGGUGCGCUCCGCUUGCUUCAUGACGCACCUGGAUGUAGUGAAAUUUCUGGUGGAGCGAGGCGCGGCAAUCCAUCGGCCCAACUACAACGGCGGUACUUGUCUCAUAAACUCUGUGCAGUCGGUGCCGCUGUGCUCGUACCUUCUGCAGCGAGGCGCGCGGGUCGACGCGCGCGACAUGCAGCUGAAGACGGCGCUGCAUUAUGCGAUCCAAGAGCACCGGCUGGAGACGGUGCGCCUGCUGCUGCAGCGCGGCGCGUCUCCGCACCUGUGCUCGCGCGCCGGCGACGACGCGCUGCGCACGGCCUGCGUCAAGGGCGCCACGCAGAUCGUCAACCUGCUGCUGUCGCGCGUGCGCUACAUGCCCUCGCGCGUGGCCGACGCCUACGAGCUGCUGGGCGCCACGCAGCUGGACGAGUUCAACGACGCCGACGCCGCGCUCGCGUCCUGGCGCCGCGCCACCGCCAUCCGCCACUCGCACGGCGUGAUCCUGCAGAAGCGCGGCGCGGACGACGCGGGGCUGGCCACGGUGGCGGAGGUCGCGCUAGGCGGCGCGACCGAGUGGCGCAGCUUGGAGCAGCUGGAGGCGCUGGCGCUGGACAUAGACGAGCUGCGCACGCAGGCGCUGCUGGUGGCGGCGCGCGUGCUGGGCGCCGCGCACAAGGACGCCGUGUACCGCCUCAUGUAUCGAAACGUGCCACGCGGCGAGCGCGCUGACGAAGCUGAUGCUGGACGUGACGAGCGGGCGCCUCGAGCGACCGCCCGGCGUGCCGCGAUACUGCGACGUGCUGCGGGUGUUCCGGCUGGUGGCCGAGAACCUCCCGCCGAGCCGACGCGCGCUGUUGGCGCGGCCGGUGCACAAGCGGCAGGCCGACGCCUUCGACCGCGCUCUGCGCUGUGCGUCUCACCUGCUGUAUCUGCUGCUCGCCACCGCCACCUGUGCCCGCGAUUUCCAGGAGCUCAGCGAGCACGUGCGCCGCCUCGUGCGCGCCGACGUGCGCAGCGCGCGCACGGGCGACACGCUGCUGCAUCUGUGCGUGUCGCGCCUCAACGUCAUGCGCUCCACGUACUUCGCCGAGCUGAUCGACGUGCCGUUCUUCCGGCAGCCGGUGUUCCCCUGCGUGGCCGUGGCCGGCCUGCUGCUGCGCUGCGGCGCCGACCCGCGCGUGCGCAACGAGUCGCGCUCGACGGCGCUGCACGUGGCCGCCGUGCCGUACAACUUCUCGACGGAGCUGGUGGAGGAGCUGCUGGCGGGCGGCGCGCACCUGGACCAGCCCAACAGGUUCGGCGAGUCGGCGGCCGAGAUGGUGCUGCAGAACCGCGGCUCGCGCGUGUGCGUGCUGCGGCACGUGUCGCUGGCGUGUCUGGCGGCGCGCGCGCUGCUGGCGGCCGGCGUGCGCGCGGGGCCCGGCGCCGCGCCGCAAGCGCUGCUGGCCUUCGUGGAGCUGCACCGCGCGUGAGCCGCGCCGCGCUUCAAGCGCUUCAGUGGUUCAGUAUGACGACUGCUCGCGCUAAUGAUUUAUCUGGGAGGUUUUAUUUCAGUGACGACGCGGUAGAAGUAGUCUCCACUACGGGGUAUUAUUUGAAAAGAUAAUUAAAAUAGAAAUUAAUUAUUAUAGCCGGUGAUGGUGUUAAAUUUGACAAUAACAAAAUGUAAAAAUCUUUUGCUACUUUCAAAUUUAAUAUAAUUCAACAGCUUCUAGAAGUCAAGGGAACUCUUAUCGUCGUAGUAUAAUAUUUAAUGAAAUUUCACAAAAGGUUUAUAUUGCUUUAGUAUAUCAUAUUACUCGAUCUCAUAUGCUUAUAUCCAGUUUAAAGUGGAAUUAUAGUGGCUUUUGUAUCGCGACGAUGUUAUAUUGUAUUUUUAUAGGUGGAAUAAACAUCCUUAUUGUUCCAUUGGA